AUGGUUCCACCUCAAGAUGGUCAACCGCCGCCACCACCACCACCAUCGUUACCCGGGGUAUUAUCGGGAUGCAGGUUAAAAACCGAAAUCCCACAAAAAGUUUUGGAACCGCCUUCGGUCAUUCAAAACGCCAUGAUGACGAAAGAUAAGAAACCCUUCACUUACACCCCGGGCGGUAUUGAUCUUUCGCAAAUACGGAGUCCGAGAAUGCAAAGGAGAAUUGCUAGAAAUGCAUGCGCAGACGAAAUACCUGGAAUCCCAGCUCCGACGACGAAUAAAAACAUUCACGUUGAAAAUCCUCCGGGUAACACAAAUUUUUCAGCGAUGCAGUCUCAAUUGCCAUCGCAAGUUUUACCGUCUCCGGGGAGUCCCAUGCCUACUCUCGGAUCCGUACCUCCUCCUCCUCCUCCCCCUCCUCCCAUGUCAUCUAACUCUGCACCGACAUCGGUAUCUUUUAAUCCACCCACUCAAACUCCUCCUUCUAAACCUCCUGUCAUGGGAAGACCUCAAAUAGGUUUUGAUCCGAACGAAUUGCUCGCAAAAGUCAAUAAGUCACCAGCGUAUGAACCGUUUGUUAAUAAUAAUAAUAAUAAUUCAGAAGGUCUUAAUAGAAACGCGAAACAAAAUGAAGAGAAACAUUUGCCUGAAUCUCAAGAGCAACAGCGCAAACCGGAAGAAAUCGGUCAAAAUAUUUAUGUACCACUUCAAAACAAAUCGAAACCGAAUUUUAUUUCACCUGUGAAAAAAGAGCCGCCAAAUGAACCUCCACCAACUUCUAAUUUCUCUAAUCAAACGCCCCAAAAACAAUUGGGCUCGAUUUACGUCCCACCUGUUGCAACAACUAAUCAGAAGCCAAAUACUCCGACACCUCCUCCCACCGUUGAAACCAAACCUCAGGCUCCAUGGGUGACAGUUUACAGAACGCCCCAACAAUCUUCAGUUCCUUGGAAUAAUCGUGAAUCUGAUUUAUCGAAACCAGCCGGGGCUAGAAUUAUUCCAAUUCAGCCGGCAUCACCCAAUGUUCAAUCACAACCGACUCCUCCGCCAUUUUUAAUGUCUCCGCAAUUUAGGCAACAAUCUGCAGCGCAAUCGUCGCAAACGUACACGAAUCAAGUUAAAUCGCCAUCUCCGGUUCAACAACCGCAAAACAUGUGGCAACAACCCACCUAUCAACAACCACAACAACCCCAACAACAACAACAACCGUCGAACACAAGAAUAAUACCGAUUCAAAUAGAAGGAAGUUCUGUUCAGCAACAACCUAGAUCCCCUGGAAUCGCACAAAAUAAAUUCCAACCGAACACCCCGCAAUCGCCAACGCCAUUUUCGCCGUCUCAAGAAAGAGAUGAAAAAUUACAAUGGGCAUCAGUUCAACCGAAAACAUACGUCAGGGAACCCAAUCGCGUUCAACAAACCAAUGACGCCGUACGAACGCAACAACCCGAAUACGGUACUUACAAUACCGCCGGCGUUCCAGUUAGUCAAUUAAGAAAAAUGCAACUUAGCGAUGAUGAUAGAGCUUUAAUGGACAAAUUUAAAAGUCAAGUCGAAAUACACGGAAACGAUAUAUUAAAUGAUGAAAACACGAAUCCAAGAUAUAGAGGGGGUUACAUACCGUCUAGGGUGUUUAAAAUGUUAGAUGAGAGCGUCGAUGAGGAAGAAUACCUUCACAGAGAAUCGGAUCCUCGGUACCGCGGAGCUGUGAUACCGAGUAGAGCUUUCAGAAUGUUGCAGAGCAUGACGGGUACUGCCGAUGACGUGCAGCAGCAGGAACAAUCUCAAGGCCCUUACGUUCCUCCGUCAGAGCAGCAAGUUCAAGAACCGAGGAAAUAUACAGGAGGAUCUAUACCCUCUCGUUCUUUUAGAAUGCUUCAAGCGAUGACAGGCCAAGAAUUUUCCGCUUCGAAUACAUCAGGUUCGCCGAGCGGUCGUGAAACUCCAGUUAAUGGUUUAAAUGAUCGAUGGCAUCCUUCUCCGUCAUCCUAUGAUCCGUACCUAUGGACUUCGUACCAUCCGCCCGAUCCUUAUUUUAUGUAUAAUUACAUUUCCGAUUUACACGCCGCCUACGGUUUACCUCCUCUUCCGCCUCCUUCUUACACGUACAUUCGCUCCCCCACUCCCGUUUCCCCUUCUCCCUCUCCAAUAAAUCACAAUCCGAGGUAUCAAAAUUAUUUUAGCGAUAACGAAGAGCAAGGAUACUCGUCCACGGACGAACUUGCUCAAUAUUAUAAUAAUUACCGUAGAAACUUUAGCUAUUCCCCGUAUCGUCCCGAUUCUCAAACUUCGUUUAAAGUCAAUAAAACUUUUUUAUGUCGCGAUAAUUCGAACAGGGAAAAAACUGAGAAUUUUAUUAAGAUAAACGAUAAGGAAAAUUUGAAAAAGGAUUUAGAUGUGGUUUCGAAGGAAAAUAAAAUCGAGAAUGACGAAAGCAGCGAAUCCGAGACUGAUACGGAAAAGGAAAACAAUAACGAAGAAGAAGAAGAAGGAAUUCGUUUGCAGAAAUCGGGAACUUUGCAAACUUUGAAAUCCGUUUCAGACAUUAACAUUUAUUCUUCGGAAAGUUUGACGACAACAACAUCAUUAAGUAAUUUCCAUCGCGAUGAAAUCAAAUCGGAAAGUGAAAUCGUCGUUAAAGUAGAAGAGGAGGAAGAAGAAGAAGAAGAAGAAGAAAGGUCAGUCUCGGAAAGUUUUGAUGAAUCGGAAACUCAAGAACCCAUUUCCCAUCAAUUGAGUAUUAUAUUCGAAGAAUCAGAAAAUUGCGAUUCGGAAAUUUGUAAGCAAGAAGAGCACACAACGGAAAGUUUGAGUUUCUUGAGCGAAUCUGAAAGUUGUUCUACCCUAGACGGCGGAGAAGAAAUGGGUAACGAAAAAUAUAAUAAUGAUAAUGGUUACGACGAUUUAAAUGACGCGGAAUCUUCUGUCACGGUGAAAUUACCGUUGAAAAUUAAAAUAAACCGGUUGGACGAAGAGAAAUCCAUAACGACAUUAAUCGUCGGAGAUAGCGUCGUCGAAAGGGACACUCCGAUUUCGAAAUCGACGCCUCCGAUUCAGGUAUCGGAAGAGUCUGACAACUCGGAGAGUAGCGAAAUAUCCGUCACUUUCACUCUUCCAAGCAGAUCAAAUUCUGUCAAGUCAAUAGAUCACGAUUCGACGCCGAGUGGAGAAAUAACAAACGAAGAAACUAAUUCGGAAACUCACACGGAAUUCACGUUUCAUUUACCUUCUCCGAAAGGUCAAACACCGACUAAAAACCAGGAAGCACUGCCGAAACCCGUCAUCUGCGAAUUGGCAGAAGAUGAUUUAAGUAGCAGUAGCGUUGAAAGCGAUGACACCGUUUUGAAACUUUCCGAUGAUACCGAUGAUGAAGACAAUGAAAAAAUAAUAGAAAGCAAUCAUGAAAAUGAAGAUUUUAUAAUUGAUAAACAAGACUGUAAAGGAGAUGAUGAAACGCAUUUGACAAAAACGGAAAUCGACGUUGAUGAUGACGUCGACGAAGAUGACGACGAUCAAAAGGGCGUCACCGCCGUCGAAGAAGUCGAAAAAGUAACAAUUCCAAUCAGUAGGUCGUCAAAGUCGUUAUUAGCGACUUCGAUGGGCGAUACCCCAGAUUCUGUCAAUGAUGUUGUUACGAACAAAAAAGAAUCGCACGAAGAAUCGGAGGACGAUUCCGGCGUCACGUCCGAUUUGUCUAUUAAGCAAAUGAAUUCGGAAACUGAUGUUGACACGGAAUCGGAUUACAGCGAACUCAGCAAAAUGUCUAAUUUUCAAAGAGCAUCGACUCAUUCGCGAUUGUUCAAACUCUUACAGGAAGAAUGCGAAAAAAGCGAAGACAAUAUUGAGAAUAAUAAUAAUAAUGAUAAUGUUAAAACGAUAGAAGGAAACGAUUCGUCGAACAAAACAAAUAAUAACGAUUACCGCGAAACGGAAAACAUUUUACUCAAAAAACAACAUUUAACGCUUCCAUUGGCGAACGCGAGCAUAAAUUUCGAAUUGGAAAGUCUGUCGAGUAGUUCGGGCAUAGCAUCUCCAUCGAGUCCGAUAGUGAGCGACAGACUCGCAAAAGAAUUAGUACACAGUCUCUUGCAUCAGAAAAUAGGUAAAAAGUUCAGAAAGCUUCCGCUUGCCAAAUUAUACGCCGCAGCUUUGAAAAUCCUUCAAGAAGAAAUCGAUUCAGACGAUUUGAGUCCGACCAGCUUCGACGAUGAAUCAAUUCAAAGUCCCAGUUUACUACAUUCCGAAUCGACUGCCAAAACUGACAAUGCUAUGACUCAACUCCCAGACUCUUCUGCUGUUGCUCCUACUGCUGCUGCUAAUAAUAUGAACGACAGCAAUUUCUUUUGUCCUGAUAAUUAUUACUACGAUUACAUGAAUUACUACAACACUUGGUACAAUCCAAAUUUUUAUUACUAUUCGAACGACUACGACGUCGUUCCGUCGAAGACUUUUCGACUUUUGUCCGAGCAAACGAACGGUCCGAACGUGAUACAAGGUUUCAAAGCGAAAUGUCCGAGAGUGGCGAACGGUGGUAUUGACUCAAGCGAACCGAUCGGAAAAUCCGAAUCUCCCACCGUCGUAUCCUACGACGGAAAAAACGAUGAGGAAAAUUCGAGGGCUUUGAGCUUUGCGGAAAAACAAGAAAAAGUAUCGAAAGUUCUAGAAAAAACGAUGAAAGCUUAA